AUGAUGGCGGCGGGGCCGUGGGCGGUGCUGGCGGUGCUGGCGCUGGGCUGGGGGCCGGGGCCCGGUCCCGGGGCCCGCGGGUUCUUCCCCGAGGAGCGCUGGAGCCCGGAGCCGCCGCUGCUGCCGCCGCGGGUCACGGUGGCGCUGCUGGCCCGGAACGCGGCCCAUGCGCUGCCCACCACGCUCGGAGCCCUGGAGCGGCUGCGGCACCCCAAGGAGCGGACGGCGCUGUGGGUGGCCGCGGACCACAGCGUGGACAACACCACGGCGCUGCUGCGGGAGUGGCUGCUGCGCAUGCGCGGCCUCUACCACCGCGUGGAGUGGAGGCCCCAGGAAGAGCCCACCUCCUACCCCGAUGAGGAGGGCCCCAAGCACUGGUCCCCGCUGCGCUAUGAGCACGUCAUGCGGCUGCGGCAGGCGGCGCUGGAGGCUGCCCGAGCUGCCUGGUCCGAUUACCUGCUGUUCCUGGACGCUGACAACGUCCUCACCAACCCCGACACCCUGGGGCUGCUGAUGGCCGAGAACAAGACGCUGGUGGCGCCGAUGCUGGACUCGCGGGCGGCUUAUUCCAACUUCUGGUGUGGGAUGACCCCGCAGGGUUACUACCGCCGCACAGCCCUGUACCUGCCGGUGCGGCGCCGGGAGCGCCGCGGCUGCUUCGCGGUGCCCAUGGUGCACUCGACCUUCCUGCUGGACCUGCGCCGCGCCGGCACCGCCGCGCUCCGCUUCCACCCCCCCCCGCCCGACUACGCCGGCGCCCUGGACGACAUCAUCGCCUUCGCCCACGCCUGCCGCCGCGCCCAGGUGCAGAUGUUCGUGUGCAACCGGGACGUUUACGGCUUCCUGCCGGUGCCGCUGCGCGCGCACAGCUCCCUGCAGGAUGAGGCCGAGAGCUUCCUGCACGUCCUGCUCGAGAUCAUGGUGAAGAACCCCCCCGCGGAGCCGUCCCCCCACGUGUGGGUCCCCCCGAAGGUCCCGGAUAAGAUGGGCUUCGAUGAGGUUUUCCUCAUCAACCUGCGGCGCCGCGCCGAGCGCCGGGCGCGGAUGCUGCGGACGCUGCGGGAGCAGGAGAUCUCCUGCAAGCUGGUGGAGGCCGUGGAUGGGAGGGCCAUGAACAGCAGCGAGGUGCAGGCGCUGGGCAUCCGGAUGCUGCCGGGAUACCGGGAUCCGUACCACGGCCGCCCGCUCACCAAGGGGGAGCUGGGAUGUUUCCUGAGCCACUACCGGGUCUGGCAGGAGAUCGCGGCGCGGGGGCUCCGGGCCUCGCUGGUCUUCGAGGACGAUCUCCGCUUCGAGAUCUUCUUCAAGCGCCGCCUCCGGACCCUGAUGCAGGAGCUCGAAACGCAGCGGAUCCCGUGGGACCUGAUUUACAUCGGCAGGAAGCGGAUGCAGCUGGAGCGGCCGGAGCGGCCGGUGCCGGGCGUGCGGAACCUGGUGGAAGCCGAUUACUCCUACUGGAGCCUGGGCUACGUCCUGGGGCUGCGCGGGGCCCGCAAGCUGCUGGCGGCCCAGCCCCUGGCCAAGCUCCUGCCCGUGGACGAGUUCCUGCCCCUCAUGUUCGACAAACACCCCAU